GACAAGGUUGGAGAGGUAAGGGGAGUGAUGCUUCCUCCUUGUCUCCGCGGCUUCUCCCGGUCUCCGCUUCGCCUCCAAUGGCCAUGGUGAUGGUGGGGAUGAUGGUGAUGGGUCAUGGAUGGCCAUGAAAUCGAUGGAGGUCGUCCAUACCAACAUCAGCAUCUCUGCCCAUUAGCUUCUUCCUCCCUAUGUUCCUCCAUUUUACUUCUUUUCACCCUUCUUCUUCUUCCUCCUCCUCCUUAAAUUAAACAGGGAAAAAAAAAACAGGGAGGGGAAACAAGGAAGAAGAAGAUGUCUCUGAGAAGAAGCCUUGUGAAGAUCGGAUCUCUGGGGAGGAGCCUCUCCAGGAAGGGGACGACCAUGCCGUGUCUGACCUUGGACCGAGAUUAUUAUAGAAAUAAAGGGAAAGAGGAGGAUGGGGAGGAGGAGGGAGAGGGUGGUGGCGAGGAGCUAUGGAGCGAGGAGGGGAAAGAGGAAGAAGGAGAGGAUGCAGGGGAAGGAGUGAGGCCUUGGUCGAGGAUGCUGCCGGAGCUGCUGUCGGAGAUCAUAGAGAGGGUGGAGGCGAGCGAGCAGUCGUGGCCGGUGAGGAAGAACGUGGUGGCGUGCGCGUCGGUGUGCAGGAGAUGGAGGGAAAUCACGAGGGGAGUCGUUAGGUCCCCGCAGGACAGCGGCAUCAUCACCUUCCCUCUCUCCCUCAAGGAGCCAGGGCCACGGGAUCAACCUCUCCAAUGUUUUAUAAGGAGGAACAAGAAGACUUCUACAUUUUACUUAUAUCUUGGUUUGGCACAAAACUCCACAGAAAAAGGUAAGUUCCUCAUGGCAGCUCGACGAUGUAGGCAUGGUGCUCAUAUAGAGUACAUUAUUUCUCUUGAUGCUGAAGAUUUGACACAAGGGAGCAGUGCAUACAUCGGGAAACUGAGGUCUGAUUUCCUAGGAACCAACUUCACUAUAUAUGAUAGCCAUCAGCCAUACAAUGGUGCACGUCCUUCAGGCUGUAGAUCCAACCGCAGGUUUGCCCCAAAGCAGGUCUGCCCUCGAGUUCCUGCUGUAAAUUAUGAGAUCGGGCAGGUUUCAUAUAAGUUCAACUUGUUGAAAUCAAAAGGGCCAAGAAGAAUGUUUUCCACACUCUAUUGUCCCUCUUCCCAGUCGGACAUGAAUAAAACUCAUGCCAAGAGAAAAAGCAAAAGAGACGAUGCAUCUAGUUCAACCUCAGGACAUAUGAUUCUCAAAAACAAGGCUCCAAGGUGGCACGAGCAUCUGCAGUGCUGGUGCUUGAAUUUUCAUGGGCGUGUUACAGUUGCAUCUGUCAAGAACUUCCAGCUUGUUGCAGCUGUUGAUCCAAGCCAACCUGGUUCACGAGGGGAUGAUGAGUUGGUCCUCCUACAAUUCGGUAAAGUUGGAGAUGACAUGUUCACGAUGGAUUAUAGACAGCCUCUAUCUGCCUUCCAGGCCUUUGCGAUUUCUCUCACCAGCUUUGGGACAAAACUUGCCUGUGAAUAGCACCUCUCUCUAAUUCGUUUUGUGUUUGCAGCGGCUAAAAUUGUAGUUGUGGUGUUUUUAACUUGCAACAUCCGUUGCGAACGUGUCUUUUCUAUUGUCGGACAGUAUGGCGUUUAUGUUGUUUAUAUGUAUGUCAACGAUGCUGUAUUAUACCUGGUAUUCAGAGUCUGUACUGUCUGUCAAGUUUUGCUUAUCAGGCAGCCACAUGGUUUUGCUUUUCAAUGGAGAACAAGGGAUUAAAUUCCACAUUCUAGUGAUCUCAACCGUUGGAGUAUGUAAUUGUUGAUUGGCUAAUGGCACAAACAUUCCCUUCUGCAUA